CCAGCUCCUCUCAACAGCCCAACCCACACCAGCCUCAGACACCACCAUGACCGGCUCCUGCUGCGGCUCCACCUUCUCCUCCCUGAGCUACGGGGGAGGCUGCUGCCAGCCCUGCUGCUGGCGCGACCCCUGCUGCUGCCGCCCCGUGACCUGCCAGACCACCGUGUGCCGCCCCGUGACCUGCGUGCCCCGCUGCACGCGCCCCAUCUGCGAGCCCUGCCGCCGCCCGGUGUGCUGCGACCCCUGCUCCCUGCAGGAAGGCUGCUGCCGCCCCAUCACCUGCUGCCCCUCGUCGUGCACGGCUGUGGUGUGCAGGCCCUGCUGCUGGGCCACCACCUGCUGCCAGCCUGUGUCUGUGCAGUCCCCCUGCUGCCGGCCCCCCUGCGGCCAGCCGACCCCUUGCAGCACCACCUGCAGGACCUCCUCCUGCUGAGCAGCCCGUUAUCACGAAGGGCCCCUCAGAAGAUGGCCGGGUCCAUCCCGCUGCCCCUCAGGGCUUCACCGCAGAGCAAUACACGUUUCCUUGAGAAGCCCAUUUUCAUCUCUUCAUACUAGCUCACACUAUGCAUUGAAGACACCUUUUCAGACCGAACACAGAUGAAAAAUACUUUUCCUAAGACUCCAGUCUAACUCCUAUAUCAUGUUGUCUGCUUUCUAAUAAACUCAAUACU